AUGGAGGAUAUUGAAAUUAUUUCCAGAAUUGAGGAAUCAGCCCCACCCCUUACGGAAGCAAAUGUAUUAGAAGAGAUUAAUGAAGCAGAUCUAUAUACAAAAUUAAAAAAGCUACAACGACACCUUGAAUUCCUUGAAUUGCAAGAGGAAUAUAUAAAAGAUGAGCAGAAGAAUUUGAAGCGUGAACUUAUCAGAGCUCAAGAAGAAGUGAAACGAAUCCAAUCAGUACCGUUGGUUAUCGGACAAUUUUUAGAACCAAUCGAUCAGCACACAGGAAUUGUAGGUUCUACUACAGGUUCAAAUUAUGUUGUUCGAAUCCUAAGUACUAUUGAUCGUGAAUUACUUAAACCCUCUUCAUCAGUGGCUCUUCAUCGUCAUUCAAAUUCAUUAGUGGACGUGUUGCCUCCAGAAGCAGAUAGCAGUAUUGCUAUGCUUGGGACUGAUGAAAAACCUGAUGUGACUUAUGCAGAUGUCGGUGGUCUUGAUAUUCAAAAACAAGAAAUUAGAGAAGCAGUAGAGCUACCAUUGACUCAUUUUGAUUUGUAUAAACAAAUUGGUAUUGAUCCUCCACGAGGUGUUUUACUUUAUGGUCCCCCAGGGACAGGAAAAACAAUGCUUGUUAAAGCAGUUGCGCAUCACACAACAGCUUCUUUCAUUCGUGUAGUGGGAUCAGAAUUUGUCCAAAAAUACUUGGGUGAAGGUCCACGAAUGGUUCGUGAUGUUUUUAGGUUAGCACGUGAAAAUUCUCCUGCAAUCAUUUUUAUCGAUGAAAUUGAUGCAAUUGCAACAAAACGUUUUGACGCACAAACUGGUGCUGAUCGUGAAGUACAAAGAAUAUUGUUGGAGUUACUCAAUCAAAUGGAUGCUGAUACAUUGGAUCCUGCACUAUUAAGGCCUGGUCGUCUUGACAGAAAAAUUGAAUUUCCAACGCCUGAUCGACGUCAAAAAAGGUUAAUUUUUUCAACAAUAACUGCAAAAAUGAAUUUAUCGGAAGAAGUUGACCUCGAAGAUUAUGUAUCUCGACCGGAUAAAUUGAGUGGGGCUGAAAUUCAUGCCAUAUGCCAAGAAGCUGGCAUGCAAGCAGUUCGUAAGAAUAGAUAUGUAAUUCUUAGUAAAGAUAUUGAGAAAGGUUAUAAAGCAAAUCUUGUAGCAUUUAUUGCAAUUGGAUUUGUAUUUUUGGCAGUUGCUGUAGAUGACUUUGUAAUAUUCUCAGAACUCACUAAAUUUAGCUCAUAUCAAGCAGCAGCCGCUGGAGGAAUUUUUAUUUUGAUGGUGGAGAUUGUUUGGAUAUUCCUUUUUGGUGCAUCUGAAGACUCAUUAGUCCAAACUACAAUGGCUUCAUUUACCAUUGAUAAUAAACCAAAUCCAUAUCAAACUAAUGGACAACAAAGCAUUCCCAGACAACAAGAAAAUUUAAGUACUGUCGUAGUAUCACCCAACGCAGAAUAUGCAUACAAAGCCCAAGCAUUAUACGAAUAUCAAGCCAAUCCAGAUGAUCAAAAUGAACUUUCAUUUUCCAAAGGUGAAAUUCUUGAUAUCGUAGAUAAUAAAGGUAAAUGGUGGCAAGCAAGAAAAGCUGAUGGAUCUAUUGGUAUUGCACCAAUUACAACUCGUUUAAAAUAUCACAUUUAA